AUGGCUCAAAAUCCACGCGGCACUCAUAAUCCAUCCAAUCUUAGCAGAAAAAGACCUCUCGCCAAUGAACAUCCAACCACGCAACAUGAAUUUGUCGACAGUAAUCCCCUGGGUAUCCAAACUAGCAAUAUAACCAAUUCUAGCAACAAACCAUCAUCUAGUACCAAGAGAAAGAGGCAGCAACCUCUUGCGGCAGUGCCUACAGCUGCUGUUGCUACAAGUAGCGAUAGCAGCACCAGCAACACCAUCAGCUCCAGCAAUGUGUAUAUAAACCUCCCUCACAAGAUGCCAUCUCAACGCAGUAUUCCAGCCUUUCUUCACAAGCUAUACAACAUGGUAGGAGACCCCUCUACGGAUCCAUUUAUUCGAUGGUCUGUUGACGGCAAUUCAUUUUUAGUGGAGGACCACGAGGAGUUUGCGCGGCUUAUUCUACCCCGUUUCUACAAGCACAACACCUUUGCCUCAUUCGUCCGCCAGCUAAACAUGUACGACUUUCACAAGGUGCCUCAUUUGCAACAAGGCGUGUUGCUGACUUGCAACAGCAAUCCCAGUGUCGAGAUUUGGGAGUUCAGCAGCCCUAAUUUCCAACGAAGCCGUCCGGAUCUUUUGAUACUGGUUACACGAAAGCGAAAUCGAGAUCGCCAAGAAGGGAAUGCAGAUUUUGCCAACUUGGGCGCGUUGGUUAAGGAGAUCUCUGCCAUCAAAAAACACCAAACCAACAUUACGGCUGACCUUCGAAACCUUCAUCACGAUAAUGAAAUUAUUUGGCAAGAAACACUCGCUGCUAGAGAGAAACACCAAAAACACCAGCAAAUCAUCUCCAAAAUUAUGCAGUUUCUCACUGCCGUCUUCUCCAAUGAUCACACCCUGUUGACUAAUCUUACGAACCAGGAGACAGUGAAUAGCAAUCAACAGCCUCAACAACCAGCAGUUGAAAACAGCAAGCAUCACCACGGCCAUAAGCACUCACAUAGUAGCAGUAUCAAGGGCCUCUCGAGAUCCAUCUCUCAGUGCAAUGUCUCCUCCUCGAAUCGCGAUAGUAGCUGUGAUAGUGCUCUGCGUAGCUCUGAUAGCGCUUUAGGGAGUUCUGAUGGUGGUGCGAAUAGUAGCGACAGUGGUAACAGUAGCGGUAAUGGAAGUGGGAGUGAUGGUGAUGAGGAAUCAAAACCAAGCGCUUCAAAGGCACAGAGAUCCGCCAAUACUACUAUGUGUGCUACCAGCUCUUUUACUAGCCCUCCAAGCUUCAACAGCCUUCAAGACCGUAAGCAAAAAGGUAAAGCUUGUGCUUCUCAAAUGGACGCCGUUGCAGUGACAGAACAACCCAUGCCUUCGUUCAGUCAUCACGAUAUGGGUCAACCUGUUGCUCGUUCAGCGCAAGCCAUCACCAACGAUAUAGAUCAGCUUCAAGAGAAUGUCGAAACGUUGGCAGCUCAGCUUGGUAUUGACCCAACUCAGUCUACUGGCGACUACUGGACCGAUUUCGGUGGUUUCUCUGACAACUACAAUGGCAUGAUCAACUCUGCAACAAGGGCAGAUAAACAGCGUUUGUUUGAUCUGGCUGAUGGUAAAAAGAAGACAAGGCAUCAUCAACUCCUGCCACAAGAGCAACCAUCUGAAUACCUCUCAGUAUCUCAACAACAACAGCAACAACAACAACAACAACAACAACAACAACGCAAUGACAUACAUUCCAAUAAUGCCCUUCUCUCUCCAUACGUCCAUGAACAACGCACCUACAAAAACCAAGAUACCUAUCUGCCCAAUGACUAUUCAUCGCCAACAGAUCAAUUGCCAAAUAGCAAUGAUUUCUCUUUCCAGCUGGGUCAUCUGUUGAAAGCUGCGGAUGGCAUUCUCAAGCAUCAUCCAGGCGAGAGUUGGGCAGCAGCAUUUACCGUGAAGGAAACAAAGACAGGGCAUCAGCCACUGAAUGCAAAUUCUAUCCAUGUAUCGCCCGUGCCUAGCAACGUAACCGCACCUUCUUUUUCAUCACAUCAUUCACAAGCACCAACAAGAAAUCCAACAUCUUCAUCUGAUCUUUACAAUACAUACUACAACGAUAAUACUCUAAUCUAUACUACGCCUGACAACAAGAGCACUCUGCAUCAAGCACAACCAAAUUUUGCAUCUGUGAGCCCACAAAGUCAUCACCUUUACUUUCGUCCCGAUCAAGCACAACAACACAGCAACAGCACUGUGAAAAAUACAACCACACAGGAUGAAUCCCAUCACCAUUCAAAGCAAGUGCCUCACACAACUCCUUGUUAUGUGGAUCCUGCCUCUAUAAUACCACCGCAAUCACAAUCAUUACAACAACAGCAACAAUCACUCUACAAACAGCCACUCUCAUUAUAUCAACCCAAUAGCUUUUCCUACUCUCCACAACAAGCACCUCCACCACCACCGCAACCUACCGCCGUGUAUGCGCAACAACGAAGAGCAGGCGCCAGCCUCGCAGAGACAUCUUUUUCAACAGAUCAAUUAACGCUAUAA